AUGCAGGCAAAAACGAUGUUUAUUAAUGUUUUCACAAAGCCUGCGUCUCGAGGUAAUCCGAAACGGGGAGGAAAUAGAACAAAAACGAACCGGGAAAUUCCGAAAUUAAUGACCGUGGUUCCCCGUCCGCGGUCAAAUGGUUUAUGUGAAGGACACCUCAAGGCUAGAGUAUACGAGAACAAGCCCCGGACUCUGGACGAAUUGAAGGACGCAAUUCGCGUGGAAGUCGCCCAAGUUGAGAGAGCGAUGUUGGAGAACGCCUCCAGCACUGCAUCAACAAUUUCGGCCACCACAUGCCUGGUGAUUUUCCACACUUGA